AUGUCAUUUUUUCAAUACAAGGAUUACAUAGAAGAGGGGGAUUUAGUGCUUGCGUAUAUAAGCAGAUCCACAAUCAAGCCUUUGCGUGUUAAGAAAGGUGAAAUAUUCAAUACUAGAUAUGGUCAUUUUGAACAUGAUAAAAUGAUUGGGCUGAAGUAUGGAGAACAAAUGCCUGGAGCCAAGGGAUACGGAUAUAUCCACCUAUUGCACCCAACACCAGAAUUAUGGACAUUGUCAUUACCUCAUAGAACACAGAUAGUUUAUUCACCUGAUUCAUCAUACAUUAUACAGCGUUUGAACGUUAAGCCAGGGUCCCGCGUGAUUGAAGCAGGAACUGGUUCUGCAUCUUUUACUCAUUCAUUUGCAAGAACUGUCACAUUACUGGGCAAAGUAUUUACAUAUGAAUUCCACGAGCCUAGAUACUUGGAGGCAAAAAAGGAAUUAGAAGAACAUAAAUUGGACAACACUAUCAUCACUCAUCGUGAUGUUUGCAACAGUGGGUUCAGUAUCGACAAUGAAACCAUCGAUGGGGAUGUUGUAUUUUUGGACUUGCCAUCGCCAUGGGAUGCUAUACCUCAUCUUGACUCCGUGAUUUCUACAAGCAAGGCAGCUGGAAUAUGUUGUUUCUCCCCCUGUAUAGAACAAGUGGAUAGAACUGUACGUGCAUUGGAGGAAAAUGGCUGGACUGAAAUUGAAAUGGUUGAAGUGGCGGCAAAACGUUGGAGUGCAAGAAAAGAAAUGGUUCGAUCAGUUGCUGACGCCGUACAAAGGAUUAGAGAAAUUCAAAAUGGACGCAAGACUGGAUUAGAAGUAAUGAAAAAAGGAAAUUCCGAAGAGCCACCAGAAAAGUUGCAAAAGACCGAUAAUGGAUACAAAACUCCAAAGAAAAGCACAAAAGUCAAAGAAGGAGAUGAAAACUAUACAUGGCUUAAUGCUACUAAGUCAGAGUCUGAAAUCAAAAGUCACACCUCCUAUUUAACAUUUGCUUGUAAGAUCCCCAAAUAA